AUUUGAUAUUAUAAUAUGAUCCAAAAGCCUUGUUUAGAGGACACAUUAAAAUAGAAAUGGAGUGACAAAUAUGAAAAAUCAAGAGAUCUAUUUCGAUCCACUUUAAAAUUCAUCCACACCAAACCCAUCUUACCAUUCAAGGCCUACUUUAAUUUACAAUUAGUAAUCCUCCUUCAUUCAAUUAGAGAUUGAAAACAAAGUGCCCACUCAAAUCAGAGAUCCUGAAACAGAAUUGAUUGGAGAAUUCAAUGAAGAUGACGUUAACUUUCUUAAUGUGGAAUAAAAAGAGAUACUGUUUCGCGUAGAUUUCUCUACAGGGGAAAUAGUGGAUGACGAAAACAAUGUGAAUGAAAAUAACGACAACCCAAUACUCGUUAACACAGCACCCAUAUGCUCAUAUCAUUCAAUUGUUGUCCCAUUUUUGAAUUCCAAAUUUCAAUAACUUCUAAGCGGAUUCAUAGCUGAAAGUGUGUUCAUCCUUUUCAAGAUAUCCCAAUCCCCGCAUUUGAGAAUAGGAUAUAACAGGUACACGAUAUCACUCAUAUAUUUACAUAGCAAAUUAGCCAAUUGUUCUAUCAAUCAUUUGCAUUUGCAUCUUAUUUAUGUGGAUCAACUUUUUGAUAAUAACCGAUUCCCAGUUGAAGAAUUCCCCAUCAAACCUUUGGCCACCAUCAAAAAUGCAACACUUGGAGAAGUUGAAAAUUAUCCCUUAAGAACCCUCGUUGUAACUGGAGAAAACAUAAUUGAAUUGUUAUCUCUAACCAUAGACACACUUUUGGCACAUGAAAUACCACACAAUAUCAUGUUUGUUAGUCCAUAAUUGGCAUACAUUUUCCCCAGGGUACUAUUGUUAAUGUUCUAAGAUAGAGAAAUUAAUUUGAUUUCAUUCAUGAACACGGAAUGAAACCAGCCUAUGCCGAACUUAGUGGUUUGAUGAUUUGUAGAAGCAAAAAGUAUUUCGAGGAAUUGACACUUCAAGAAAUUGAAGCCAAACUGUCAGAAUUGACUCAUCCUCUAUUUGAUAACGUAGUCUAAGACUUAAUGAUGUUAUCAGCUGAAUGA